AUGAAAAGAUAUAAAAUAUUACGACGAGGAACUACUACUAGCACUACCACUCAAGACACAAUUGACGAAACUUCCCCUAUUCUCAGAGAUGAAACAACAACUUCUGCUCCAACCACGAAUUCUACAAACCAAGUAACUCUCAAAAAGUAUGUCAAUUUCAGACGUGGUUCUACAACUGGAAAAUCUAAUAACGAAGAAGACAACAUUGAUUCAAAGACACCUGCUUCAGUAUCUCCAGAACCCGAUGAGUCAACAGUACUAACGACCAAAGCGAGUGAAGGAUUAGGGUCUACUACACCUGUGAUAAUAAAAUCAGAUAACCCGAAUGAAAUUGAAUUGAACACUGAGGACAACACUUCUCCUACUCAAGAAACUUUGUUAUCUCCUGAUAAUAAUUUCAACGGAACUAAUAAGAGCGAGUCAAAUCUCGAUUCUAAUUCAGUUAUCAUUUCAUCACCUGUGAUAUCAACUGAAACUAGCGUGGACGCUACGCAACCAGACAAGAGGCCACAGUUCUUAAAGUCGAGACCAUUUUUAAAAUCUUCGCGCGGAACAACACCAAAACCAAUAUCAAUUGAAACAACGCCAAAGGUGAGUCAAUCAAACUUAAAAUAUAGACUCAAGAUAGAUAAUUCUCAACUCAACGAAAAUACACCCAACAAGCAAUAUAGAACCAGAGGGUCGUCGAGAUUUAACUCUGAUAACUUAUCGAGGCAAGAUAAAGACGAAACUGUUAUUCCACAAAAAAGGCGACUUUCGACAACUGAAAAGUAUGUUGAAGACCAUAGGAGCUAUAGACCCUCAGAGCUGGCAGACUUAUCAUCUUUGACUGCUGUAGACUUUUCAAAAAUCAAGGAACUUGAUUUCGGAAGAAUAACUCAUCGAAGAAGGAGACCGGUUACAACUACAACUACAACUACAGAAGAUUUCUCUGAGAUAAUUGAAACAAGUUCAAGACCACCAUCUGUAACGAAAAAACUGACCCCAUCAUUCGGCAGAUCUAGAAAAUUCUUCAGAGGGAAUUUGAAUAAAACCCACAUAGAUUCAGAAGGGGAAACAAAAAUCAAAACACUUCGCGGAUUCGGAUCUAGAUCGACGAGAGAACCUUCAACAACUGAAAUAACAACUGAAAGUACCUACUCUUCCCCAAAAUCGUUUAGCCCACCUCCUCGAAAUCGAAAAAUAAUAAGACGAUUAAAAGUCACUACUACGACUCCAAUUCCAACUCAAAAGAAUGCAGAUGAUUCAGAUGACAAUAUUUUGAAUGAACGUUCAGAUUUGUUCCCAAAAAAUAGUGAUUUGGGUUUUCAGCAAAAUCGAGUUGAGGACGAAAAUGACGAUGAUGAAGAAGAAGGAGAAAAUAUAAAACUUUCCGAAUCUAAUAUAAGAGAAAACAGCGCAAUCAAUAGUUUUAGUCCUGAUCCAAAACUGAGAGGCAAGUUAACUGGGUUAGAAAAAUCAUAUAUUCCGGAAAAGAUUCCAAUGAAUGGCAAAAUAUCAACAAUAUCAUAUGGUAUUCAGACAACCGAUGACGAAUUUGAAUAUCCAAGUGCAAUAGUAUCAACAGAACCAAGUGUUGUAGUACGAACAAGAAAGAUCAUUAGAAAAUUAUCUCCAACUGAAGCUACAAUUACGACUAAAAAAGAAUCGGAUUCAGGUCAAACUUUUGGUCGUAGAAGAAAAGUAAUACGUAAACUGAGGCCUAUAUCAGAAUUCAACAGGACAGACAAGGAUAAAACAAAUGAUAAGGAGAGUACAGAGGGGAGUAACAAAAUCAAAGAGACUGUUAUCGCUGUUGAAACAACUACAACUGGAAAUAAUCCAGAACACUUGCAUAUACCACUUCCAGAUGAUACAAUAGAAACGACAGAUAUUAAAAUAGAUUAUUCACCGUCUAUUACAGAAACGACUACUACAUCAAAAAAACUAUUCCAGACUGAACCAACCGUUGAUACAAAAGAAACUGGCAAACCAAAGAGACUAUUUCGUCCCAAACUAUAUUCCUAUAGAAACAAAAGUGAAUCAAAAUUGAACACAACUGAUGAAACUGCCACAGAUUCUGAAAUAAUUAGGAUUAACAGUAAUGUAAAUAACGAUGGUAACAAGAGAAUUGCAACCAGAGGACGAAAUAAAAUUUUCAGGCCAAAAAUAUUCGAAACUAGAAAUAAACUAAGAAAUAAUAAGGAAGAACGUAUUUACUCAGAAAAUCGAAUUUCCAGUACACCAAGAUAUAGUUUCUAUUCAAGGCUCCCUAAUAUUAAACCAAAAACUGUCACCGAGAUUGUGAAUUCACCUGAAACUGAAAUUAAUCUAGUUGAAUUCGAGAAAUUAAACACAAUUGAACCUGUAGCGGAAAGUUCGACGGAGGGUCUUAUAUUUAAUGUAAAUGAAUUCGAAACAACUGUUGAGCCUGAGAAAGUAACUUCAACUGAGUAUCAAAGAAUUAGUUCAACUGAAGAUAUAUUUCUAGAAAAUUCUACUGUAAAUGAAGAUUUAGAUGAAGCUAAAGAAAAAGACGAUAGAAACAAAGAAUUUAAUGAAAGUUCGGAUGUUAUUUCAGAGAGUCAAACUUCUACUGAGUAUUUUUCAACAGAACCCACAGAUACAACUUCAGUUACAUAUCGCUUCAGACGUCCAAAUAAUGAACCAUACUUUAGGCAGUAUCAGACUACCACCACGAAGGAAAAAACAACAGAUUUAAAUGAAACAGCUUUUAUGUUGACUAGUAUAAAAACGGGUACCGACGUGAGUAGCACAACCACUGAAAUAAAUGGUAGUGAAAAUAUCAACUAUUCGUCAACAAGUGACAUUUCUCCAAUAGAUGAUGGUACUGCCGACUCUAAUAAUACUAUCCAGGGAAUAGAAAAUUACACAGAAGCAUAUACAACUGAAUACAAUACUAUUAUGACUGAUUUGGGUAUAACUACAGAUUCUCUAACUGAUACAAUUUCUGAAAUAGAUGCUCAUGAUACCGAUGAAGCCAUGCAAAUAACAGAAAACUUGUCGACUCCGUAUGAUUUGACGACACUAGGAACCGUUGAUACUAAUAACAUAGAUAACGUUAACAUCAAAAACACUUCACAUGAAGAUCAAGAAACCACAGAACUAUUCAACAACUCUGAACAAACAGAAUUUGAAACUACAUCUUUGCCUGAAACCACAACUGACGGUUUGAGAGAAGUUAUGAGCGAAAUAUCGAGUUCCCCCAGUUCAGAACCUUCUACUCAACCCCAUCGAACAUAUACCUUAAGACCAGUAAGUUCUAGACCAAAAUUCAUUCCACCGAAGUUAAAAGAUCUGAGUUUUGGAAUUUCAUCUGAAAAAGGUGUAAAGCCAAAGGUCAGUAAAUUUGGCUUGAAUAGAUUUAAAUCGACAACUGCAAGUGAUUUGUUCAACGAUGAUAAAUCUGAUCCGUCAGUUUCAGAACAGAGCACAAAUAUUGGUCGCCCAAAGCUACCAUUUAAAUACAGUACUACCGAGAGGAACAGAUUUAAUAAAUAUAAAAAAGGCUAUAAUAGCAGGAUACGUACAACAGAAAGUAUUCAGAUCCCUGACGUAAGUGAAGAUAAUUAUGUUGAAAGCAGUUCAACCACCACACAAAACAGAUUUUUGUACACGUUCAGUACCACACAGCAUUAUAAUGUAGAUUCAGAUGAUGAUGAUGAUGAUGAUGAUGAUGAUGAUGAUGAUGAUGAUGAAGAGUUAGUUGAAGAUAUUGAAGACGAAGAAGUAGAAGAAAAUGAGGGUUCAGAAGAUGAGGAGAGUGACUUUCAACAAGGAAUAGAAACAACACCAAAAACAAUAAAAUCUAAAAUAACAACUUUUUCCAAAAACCCGGUUACCCGCCUACCCAAUAAACCAAUUUUCUCAAAACCAAGUACCGAAGAUCCUAGAGUAGACGAAUCAUUGAAAGAUAUUGAUACCGAAGCUAUUAAAAAUAGAAAUAAAUCACUUUUUUCGAAGAAAAGGGUCAUGAACACGCCAUUUAUAGGUCAGUACUCAUCUACAAAUGCGAUGACAACUGAAGUUGAAGAAACAUCUACUGGCAGUGGUAUUCAGUACACCAGUGAUGAUAUAGUGGAAAUGACCAAAUCAUCAGAUCAAUCACAAACUACUGAGGACACAACCAUCCGGCACAUUUUCGCAGAUAUACCUGAAGAUGAAAAUCAGACGACAGAAUUAUCAAAUCCAAAAACAGAGACUACUACGAACAAGAUUGAGAGACUUAUUGAAGUGAAUAGAAUCAUCAAAGUGGAAACUAAAGAGGAGCACGUGAAAAAUCACUUAGUGGAACUGAAAACAAACCCAUUUCCAAUCCAAGACAAGGUAGGAGAAGUCAAUCGAGUUACAGUGAUCAAAGUAGUUGAUACUGAUGGUCAGUUGAAGAAUGAAAAGGCUCCAAUAUCUUCAGUACACAUACCAGCGAACUCAAGUACUACUGACUCAGCGAUAAAGUCCUCAGUUGAUAUGAUUAUUCAAAUAGCCAAAGUGCAGGAGAUUCCUGCAGAAAAUGGGAAAGUGAAUUUGACCAACAUCAGCGUAACUCUUAAUACUUCAAGUAUUCCUCUAUCUUCAAAACGAGAAGGAAAAAGAAUAGAAAUUUUUGGUGUCGGAGGGAGCAAGAUUGUGGAUAACAAACAUCACGAUGAAUUUGAAGGCAAGCCACAAAUAAUUGAUGGUUUAUCGAACAUAAAUAUUGUUACUCCCCGACCCGUACAUAAUCUGGAAUCAUCAACAAUUCCCUUGGAGGGUCUCUUCCAAACAGAAGGUGCAACACUUUUCAGUAAAUAUCCUCCUAAUGGCGACGAAUUGUUGGAGGCAGAUCAUUCGAAAUUCGUUAGUGUUCGAGUUCCCCAUCCAGAUCAAACUUUAAAAACUAAUCAGGAAUCUGGAGAGAAUAUCAAUACGAUACCGAUUAAGUUUUGGAAUCAAGACGCUGAAGAAUAUGCUAUGAAAGCUGAUGUUGUAGAAGUACCGGCUAAAACCAACCUCGACACUAUAAGAAUAGCACCAAUUAAGGUUCAGAUGUCUAAAUCGAUUGCUAAUAACUUGCCACUUAUCAGGUUAGGCGGUAAAAGCUUUCCGCCAACGUAAAUGUAAGGAAAUCUUUUGCCAGAUAUAAUUUAUUAUUUUUAGCUUUAUUGUUACGUAUGUAUAUAAGUUCUUGUUGUUGUUAUGUGAAUAGAACUACUAGAGAAACUGAAAUGUAAAUAAUUUGCACCAAUGUAAUAUACCAGCACGAUCUAUUUUUACUCAA